AAAUGAGGCAGUGGGCCAGAGACGACUUCAAGAGCAACAAACAUCUCGAUGAUGACACGAUCAUUAAAAUGAACAUCCAGCGUGGCAGAAAGUCCCUGAGAGAGCUCCAACAGUCACUAGACUUGGCACAGUGAGGAAAGGCUGUGUAAUUCACAAUGGAAGCUGUGGCAGAGAGACCUAGACACCGAAAACAUCCUCAUAAACACACAAACCAAACAGGGGGAACUAACAUUGGACAUAUUGUUGAUAUACCUAAUUCUACUUGUGUUGAGACUGUAAUGAAUGAUGUUGUUGAAAGAAAAAAUGUAACUGUUGGAAAUGAUGGUGAUAAACAAACAAGCGAAACAGAGGGAACAGAAACUGGACAUAUCGAAGAUAUACCUUCUAUUAGUGUUGAGACUGUAAUUGAUAAUGCUGAUGAAAGAGAAAGUGUAGCUGUGGGAAAUGUGGGUGAUGUAGGGGCUAGUGCUGCUGCUGAUCUUUCUGAUGACAAAAGUGAACUUGUACAUGAAGAUCUAAAAGAGUUAGAUGAAAAACUAAGUGAACAAGAGAUUAUUUUCAAAGGUGAAAAGUUGAGGGUGUUAGAAAAGAAGGAACAAUGUAUAGGAAAGGUGGAAGACUUAUUUAAAGAAUUGAAAGCUGUACUUAAUGCAAAGAGAGUUGAAAUAUUGUGUAAGAUUGAUGGCGAAUUUGAUGGAACUGCCAAUUUCAUGGAAGAUGUCAUUGCCAGUAUUGCAAAGGAUAGAACUGCGUUAAAAACAAGGGACAAAUCUUCUGAUGUUGAUAGACAGAUUAUACUGAAUGAAGUUUAUGUUGAACAUGAUGCCAGAGAUGAUAUUUUUACGCAGAUGAAAAUUCCAGAAUUUAAAGUGAAUGAUACUCUUCCAUUCAGGGUGGAGAAUUUGGAUUAUGGUGUGUUCGAAAACAUUGCAACUGACUCUGAUAUCACUGGAUCAGUGACGAGACAAAGCACCCAAGAUAUUGACAGUAUACCAGAAAGUUCAACGUAUGGUGCAACAUUUCUUGGCCAAUAUGAUGAAAACUAUUCAGCAUCAUGGAGCAGAGACAACAUAGAUGCAAAUCCAGUUGUUGGAAUGCCUACAUCGCCAACUGUCCAAGCAAGAGCUGCACCUGUUCCAUCUGCUCCACUUAUAGAAGAAAGAGCAGAUGAAUCAAGGAGCGCAGCAGUGGCAGAUGAGUCUGAAGACCCGCCUCCUUACUGGCAAGCAAUAGGCUUAUCAGCACCAGAGGGUCCAUCCAACCAAAGUCAACAGGCAAUACCUAGUUAUCAAUCGAUUGGUGGAAAUCAACCGGUUUUGCCGCAAAAUGAGCUCAAGCUCUGGCAUUCAUUUCCGAUUCGAAGGCAGACCGAUAGACAACAACCACAGCUGACAGCUUUGCUUUGGAAUGAUAAUUGGAUUUGUGUGGGUGAUCGGGCAAACAUGAAAGUGAAGUUUUUUUAUCCCAAGGGGCAGUUGGUUUCUGAAGUUCUCCUUCUCGGAUAUAAAAUCGCUGAUGUUGCCUUCUUGGAAAGUUUGAAUGGUGAAUGUCGGUACUUGGUGACAUGUCCACAGCAUUAUACGCUGAUUAUAAUUUUUGUCAAGGAAGGGGGCUCCACUGGUAUUGUAAGUAGUUUCAGAACUUUGUCAGCCUACAAUUGUGUGAGCAGAGGACCACAACCACAGACACUUGUCGGAGGCCAAGCCAUUGAUGAAACACAACCCCCAAGGGUAGAGAUUAUCAAUUUCAAGGGAGAAAUCUUGAAUACUAUCAAAUUUACUCCAAGCAUGAACCCUCUUUCUUACCCGAGAUCUGUUAACAUUUGGGGUAGCAAAAUAGUUAUAUCGGACUGGGGGUUGAGCACUGUUAUGACUGUUCUGGGGGAUGGAACAAAUAUCGGAGAAUAUCGAGGAAGCCCUGUUUCGCCCUUGUGCAGUCCCAUAGACAUAACGUUUGAUAAUUUUGGUAAUAUCAUGAUUAUGGAUGGUGAGCUUGGUAAUGUACAUGUUUGUGACAUUCAUGGUACACCGAUUGAAGUGAUAAAAGUUCCAAAAUUAAGCGAGACUACAAAUCCAAAAUUGAUCGCAUUUGAAGAAAAGUCAAAACGGCUCGCUAUCUCAAAGGCGAAUGGUGAUAUUAUGCUAUUUAGUUUUAAAGAUGGUUAUCAUGGCCUACCACAGGGGCAGGCUAUUCGGAUCAGGAAUCGCCUAAGUGGACAACCAGAUGUGCUUCCCCUGGUCGAGGGAAUGUUGCCAAGCACCAUUGAGAGUAUAGGUUCUCGGCACCCCUCAAGAAACCGACAUAGACAAUUCCAUCUGUGAAAAGUACCAUUAUGUGUUCUUUUUAAACUGGACUUGCACCAAAUGUCUCUCAACUGUAAAAAGUGUUAUUCAUCAAGUUAAUGCAAUAUCUUUAAAUCAGCUUCUAUUUCAUUAUGCAGUAUUUACUACCAGUAAUUACGCCACAUGGGUGACAAAUUGUGUGUUAUAACUGACCUUAAAACACCAGCAUGUCAUUUGAUUCUGUCUGUGAAAAGUAUCCUACUGAUUUUAUUGUACAUGUACAUCAAUCGUCAUACGGUAUAACCACCCUCUAAAAUUAGUGGCGGAGAUAUAUAUGAUUUUGAACAGAAUGGUUGAUAUCAUAGACCAUUCAAAUACCUAAUUUAGGGUAGCUUGAAAUGAAUAUAGAGGGCAUUAUAAUGGAAGCAAAAAAGGGUCUUAAGCCCUGUUACCCUGCUCUGGGCAUGAAUCCCUCGUGCUAGAGCAGACCUCAGAAAAACAGGAAUGACAUUAUGUUUAUGAAUAAAAAAGUAAUUAAUUUCUUGAAAUAUAAACAAAAUCUUGACAAUACUUACUCUUUUACAGCAUCAUGUAUGCAUAAAAUGUUAGAACAUGUAUAUUUACCAUUAUAUUAGUUAUUUGAACCUGAUCUUGUAUUUUUCCCAAAGUCAACUUUUAAAAAAUCACUGACAAUGUUGAUCAGCCAUAUAUCUUAAAUGACUUAAUCACCAUUUAAGAGCAAAAGAGGGACCGGCUAAAAUAAGUUGGUCAGGUACUCUGCACAUCACAAUUGUUUUAAUAAGCUUUUAUCACUGCUACAUUAAGUCUUCACCAAGGGGCCUCAGUGCCCAAAUAUUAGGCCAGUGUUAUCAAAUCCAUAUUGAUCAUGGUUAUUAUUACAAGAAUCAUUUUUUUGUUUUUUACAUGUUACAGACCUGGAAUUGUCGGAAUUUUACCAAAAUGAAUCAGGCCCAAAUAUCAUAGAAAUACUUAGUCAUUUCUCAGUCUCUAUCUCUACUCAAUUUACCUAAGUGAAUAUGGGUCAUCUCUUCAAACAUUGAGACAAAAAAUGUGUUAAAGCUUUCUAUUCCUGUAACAGAUUCAUCAGUAAUCAUCGAAUCUUGAAAACAAGUCACAAUAUUUCUUAGCAUUAUAUUUCAAACCAGUAUGAAUAUAGGAAGUCUCUGGUCUAAAACUAGGUCACUAGGUCAAAUCAAGAAUAAAUUCAACAGUGUUUAUCCAGUCUCUAAGAAUCUCAGAGUAUUUCCUUGCAUGAUAUUAAGGACCAGUGUGGAUAUAGGUCAUUUUAGUUAAAAAACUCGGUCAAACUAGUGAAUGUGGAUAUAGGUCAUCUUGGGUCAAAAACUAGGUCAAAGUAGUAAGGGAGAAUAUAGGUCAUCUUGGGUCAAAAACUAGGUCAAAGUAGUGAGUUGGAAUAUUGGUCAGCAGCAUUUGCAUUUUCGUCUAUAUACAUGCAUCCUGCUUGAAAAUCGCAUUUGUCAAAAAGGAAAGUCAGCUUUAUCAGGUUUCCGCACUAAACACUUGUUAUAUAAAUGUAUUAUACUAAAUGUUUCAAUGCUCCUUUUAAGCUCUCACAGAAUGACAGUUAUCUAAUUAUUUUUUGAAUGCGCCAAUUUUUGCGUAAACGUUUGAAAACCAGUGGUACAUGACUGCUGACAAAAAGAUCAGAUGCUUAAUGGCUGUAAGCAUUAUAAACACUUCAAGAAAAAUGAGUAUUUUGGAAGUUUUCCAAACGACUGAGAUCUGGGGGGAGGGGGUUGUGAGUAAUCAUAUGAGCAUUGAAGGCAUUGGUGCCAAUCUGUGUGCAGCUUUAAAAGGAAUCACUAUGCUAAGCUUAGACCAGCAUAGUUUUGCAAAUAAUUAUUUUGUGUUCAGAUUCUUAAUUUGGUUGUUUAUGUUUUAAUUAGCUAGUUAUAGAGAAAAUGGUUAAGUUAUUGUUGUAAUUGAUGUUGCUGUUGUUGUUGUUGAAGUGGCAGUUGUCUACAUCAUUUUCUGAAGACUGUUAAACUUAGAAACUGUAAAGAUAUAUGUGAGUAAAAUUGUCCCAUCACUCUUGAAAGCUUAAAAAAGAGUGAUGUCCCUUGAUCAGAAUUGGACGUCAAUGUGGUACUCUUGUUAUUGCUGUUGUUGUUGUUGAUACAUUCGUAUAAAAAUGUUUGUUUAUGAUUUCACUGUCAUCCACAAAAAUACGGAAGGACUAGGUUAGGGAACAACAUUUCUUUUAAGCCCCAUAAGUGGGCAUAUAAAAUAAGGUACUUUGUCAAGCAGGGAGGUAUUUCAAAAUUUCUUGGCACAUGUGUUUGGUACAAACACCUCAAAGGUCAAGGCUUUUUUGGUUGUCUGGUUAGAGGACUUGCUUCUCACCAAGGCAACCGGGAGUCUAUUCCCAGCAUGUGCUCAUUUUAGUUUUGGUGUGCGGUCACCGAGCUGGACAGGGGGGUUUCCUACCGGUACUUCAGUUUCCUCCACAACCCAAGACUGAUCUCUAGUAUAAAACUGUGCCAACAAGAGUGAUUUAUAUAAUGUUGUUAUAACUUGUUUCACAAUUGGUGUAAAAUAUAGAAGUUUAAACUGAACUUACCGUAAGGUCAAGGUGCAAAACCCACCACCCUACAUUAAAGGUCAAGGUCACACUUAGAGUUUAAGCACUAUGUUAUGCAGCAUGUAUGAUCCUAGAGUAGACAUGUCUGGCCUGUAACUAUGUCAUGCAUGGAGGGAUUUUAAAAUAUAUUGGUGCAUGUGUUAUGAUGCCCCUUCCUCAAAGUUCAAGGUUACACUUCGAGGGGUGCACGCAAAAAGCUUCUAAGUGACAUUAAAUAGAGAAGAAUAUAGAACCUUUUCCUUUCACCUCUCGACUUGUAGGAUUUUAGCCAGGUUUUAAAAUGGACAGGGUGCAGAAAAGGGUCAGGGUGCAUAAACAAAAAACAACAACAUUGUAUUGGCUGUAAAGAACUGUAACAUUAUGAUUUUUACAGAAAAUGUUAGGAAUUGUGUUCUACUGUAAUGUUAGGUUUCAACUGCCCAUUAUGUAAACUUUGUAUGUAUUUAUACUCUUAAUAAAAGUUUUAAUUAUAA